CUCGCUUUGUGGCGGGUCACAUCCUGGGGGCUGCGCAGGGCUCUGGAUCUGCCCGCUCGGGUCUCAGAUUCUAGGUCAGCUGGGAGAGGAGCCAAAGCCAGGGACACUGCACUGGCUGGAAUUGAGUCUGCCAUGACUGCAUAGAGCCAUCUCUUGCAGCUGGCUCCGAGUUGAUGAGAGUCCGGCACCCACCGCUGCCUCCCUGAGAGGAGAGAUGCGGAAGGGAGAAGAAGCAGAUCCUCCUGGACAGCUUCUUAACAGCUCCAUAGACUUGAAGGGUUCAGGAGAACGAGAUCAUCCAGCUAAUUCCAGCUCCAGGAAACCUGCAGUAUGGGAUCGUCCAGUUACCCUCAGAGCCAUAAUCGUGGUUACAAUGGUCGUCAUCAUCGCUCUAGUAGCAGCUUUGAUAGUGGUAACAUCUAAGCAGCCUCCUCCAUGCCCCCCUGCUGCCCCCUGCUGCCCGGACGGCUGGAUCCGGAUCCAAGGGAAAUGUUACUAUUUUUCUAAGGCCGAAGGGAACUGGACCUACAGCCAGAGCUUCUGCUCGUCACACGCUGCCUCCCUGGCUGGGAUUGAGAGUCCGCAGGAGCUGGGUUCUCUGCUGCCAUACGAAGGCAAACUGGACCACUGGAUCGGCCUCCGGAAGGACUCGGGCCAGGUCUGGCAAUGGGCCAAUGGGACCAAGUUUGACCAUCGGUUUCAAAUACAAGGCGGAGCAAACUGUGCGUACCUGGACAGAGACCUCACAGCCAGCAGCUCCAGCUGCAGGACACUGAGGAAAUGGAUCUGCAGUAAACCUGAUACCCCUGUGAAGAAAGGGGAUUCAUGAACUUAAGACACUCGGAGACUAAAUGUGAGACAGCCUGGCUCCGGUUCCCUCCAUGGCCCUUCCAUGCUGCAUCUUGGUUCUUAGUCUGUCUCCAGGGUUUUGUCCAGGCCUAGUUGUCAGUUACCUUAAUGGCGUGGUGUGUGACCCUUCUCUCGGGGAGACUGUCACGGUUUCAGGGUAACUGGAUCUCUAUCCCACCUCCAUCAGGUCAGAGCUUGAGUCUCCAGCCACCCCCAGUCUCUGGGCAGAGACCCCGUCUCACUCCCUGACCGGGGCCCUUAAAGCUGCACAGCUCCCGUUCAUACACUGCGACGUCCCAGCAAGCCAGUCUGUCUAAAAGCCAGCGCCUGCGCUUUGCUUCCACUCUGAGCACAAUGCCCAGCACGUGGCAGCUGUUACAAGCCAGCUCACGGCCCUUUCUCAGCUGAUACAUUUAUUCUAGGGCAAAAGCAUUAUAGAGAAAAUGUAUAAAAAUCACUAAAAUUUCCCCCUC